CAGCCUCGUAGCUAAAUCACUCCGGUCCUUACUUUCUUCGUCUUCUUCGUCUUUUUGUAACGCCUAUAUCGUCUUCUCUAGAAUAUCUGUAAAAUAAAGAACUCGACUUGUCAUCGAGAAUGUCGUCAGAAAGCUCAGUUGGCUUUGCUUUUCAAGCGGAUGUCGCCAAUACUGGCUCUCUACUCCACUUACUGACGGGUAAAGCCCUCAAAGCUCUGAGCGACGGCGGAGUCGAUUUCUACUCCAUAACUGUCGCUAUUACUCUCGGCAAAGACUUCGAGGUCCGAAAUUCCUUAGGAAACACUGUCCCCGCACAUGUCAAGUCUAAACGUGGUAUCCAAUCCGUUUUAUCGAAAGUUUUGAGCAUUGGAUGGGGCCAGCCGGAGCUUGCAAUUGCAAUGACAAAGACCAAAGCGGGUGUGAAUGCUCUUCUCCUGAUUGAUGCUCUGGCAUGUGGAUCUACAUACUACCAAGCUGCUGAAUGCUUUUCAAGCCUCCUCUCCCUACGAGGCUGUGAAGCUGACAAGUUGCCUAAUGUCGACGUACUGAAACAUAUGAUCGGCUAUCUCGCCCCCUUUCUUCUCGGCCUAGGCUUUUCAAGAGUUGUCGCACAUAUUACAACGACUGCAACGCGUGCGAUAAGAUUGAACCAUUCUAGAGAUUCUAAACUUUUUGACCACCUUACAAGAUCUGGGGACGCGUCAAGUGUUGCGGGCGCUAUAAAUCAAUUGAUGCUUACCUCGGGAAGGAAAGAGAGUUGUUAUAUGCCUACACGCAUGAGGGGUGCUUGGCUUUCCGCAUUCGCAAGCCAUGUACUUGGAAUGGCAGUCGAGUUACGUCUCGACGAUGCCAUCAUAUGGGAAAGUGCAGGAAGCAACGGGACUGCUAUUUUUGAACUGGGGGAGUAUCAAGCCGAGGACUCCCACUUCCAGGCCAUUGUAGGCCAGAGGAUUACAAUAAUCGAAUUACCAGAUCCCGAAAACCAGGAUUCGAUGCUUGAUAACUGCCUCCCGAUCGAUAUGAUUUUUGCAUCAGUGAUUGCUCAUGAGCCAGAUAUUGACAUCUCACUCCAGCAAGAUAUCCAGCGAGCGAUAUGUCGGUUUAGCUUCAAAAUACUAAGAUCACUCCAAGAACGGGCUCACAAAGUUGAAAAUACACGGUUUUACACGAAUUUCAAAGUAGCUGGGGCACUUAGAGAAACGCUUAAUGCCUUUGGAUUCCAGAACUCUAUUAUAGAUUCCGUUGAGAAUCAACCGCCUGCGGAGGAGAUACCAACCAAUAUGCUAAAUGCACUAGACUGGCAAGGCAUACAGUCACUAGGUCCUGAGGCAUACGAUAAGCUGAGAAAUGCUUGUGGGAGGCAUGGAGAUGACACUACGGGCGAUAGCAUCCAUUCGCCGAACCGUAGUAGAUGCCGUCGAUUAUGUGGUUACGUUAACCGCCUAAUUGUUGGAUUUACGUCUUCUGUAUUGCUUCUAUCACAGUGCCGAUUUGAUGCCAGCCAACUCAGUAUUUACCCGGACGUUCUUUUGGAUGAUAUUAGGAACCAGAAAAACAUAAAUGGUAUACCCUACAGCUAUUUACUAGAGGGGGAUUAUUUGAAGUCUAUACUCUUGUUGGUAGACCACGACACAGAAAGAGGGCGUGGAUUAAUUCGCCCUUUCAUCCUGGGAAUUUCAGGUAAAAGCUUUACAGUUUGCCAUACCUCUAUACUGAGCUACGACUGUUUCGACAACCAGGGUCGCUUCCUAACUAUAUUGCCUGGUCGUGCAUCAGUAGCAGGUGCCUUUAGGUCCGAAAUAGUAGAGAAAUACGCAGGUGAUAUGGGUGCAGAGUAUUUAAAAGUUCCCGUUUCAACUCUACUCGCACCAGGGCUAUCUCUCAUGCCACACCAUGCUCCCCCAGAAGGUAGUAUAUUCAUGGGCGUGUCCUUUGACGAAAAUGUAAUUUUUUCGGAUUUCAAAGUUAGAGACGGCGAGACUUUUGCGAGAGGCAUAUCCAUCAAGAGUUGCACCAAAAAAAUGUUAGACGCACAGAGUGUGAGUUGCCCGCAUGAGCCUACAUCGGAAUUACAGGUGCAAAAGGAACAAAAUUUAGCAGUUGUUGGAUUCGGAGCCCUGAACAGCAGUAAAGGCAGAAAUCAGGACAUCAUACAGCUAGUGGCUUUACAUGGAAAUAAACUUGAACAGCUUCUUACAUUUGGGAUGAUCGAGUCAGACAUGGAUGCUCGCUAUAUGGGGUUCAUUUUCCAACAUAUGGCAUGUCUAAAGUGCUGCAUUUCAACUGCGAAGAACGAGGGUAAGGAGAUUGUAAUCAUGGGUGGAUAAGAAGGCUAUUUAGCAUUAUGAUAUUCCUUAGAUUUACGACUACUACCUAAUAUAGAACAUACCCUCGAUUUCACGAGGCCGCCGGC